ACCGCCCAUUCGCUUUUCUGACCCAUUUAUCCGACCUUUGUUGCUUCUUCGAUACAGAGCUGUAGCUUUACUAUCCUUUCAAGUCGCUUGUAAAUCUCACUGGUGAUUGUUGAACUUGGAAACCCUAGCGCGGGAGCUUAAGGUGGGGAGAUUGGAGAUGAAGAGGUUAGCAUUGGAUGUGGAAGCGUCGAUGGCUGCCGACAAUAAUAUCUCCGGCUGGUGGAAUAAGAUCAACGAGUCAACUCAGUGGCAGGAUGGGGUCUUCUACUUCCUCUGCGCGGCAUACGCCCUAGUAUCUGCCAUCGCUUUGAUUCAACUAAUUCGAAUUCAGCUCCGUGUGCCUGAAUUCGGCUGGACAACCCAGAAGGUGUUCCAUCUUAUGAACUUUAUUGUGAAUGGAGUACGAGCUAUCUUAUUUGGGUUUCAUGCUCAAGUUUUUCUCUUAAAACCAAAAGUAAGCACCAAUGUUUUCAAAAAAAUAUUAAGAAAGAAGUACGGCUUAUUUCUCUAAAAGCAAUGGAUUGUAAACCUUUUUUUUAGUGAUUGUUACCGCUGCU